AACGAGCACCAUGAAGGCUGUCUACUUCCUCCUUUGCCUCGCUCUGGCCCGCGAUUCUGCGGCUAACAUUGUUAGACAGCAGCUACGACCUCAGAUGGACACACUCUUCGUCCAACCUCUUGUCAACCAAUUUCAACAAACAUAUCAGGAGACAAAGCAACAACAUCAGUCAGAAUCUACCUCGUAUGAAAGCAAGGAGAGCAAAGAGCAUCUCAGCUUCGAUGACAUCAGCGAUUACCCUUCCUUAUUUCAGUCAGGAAACAGAAAUUGGAACUCGCCAGUAUUCUCCUCGUACAUAACAAAGGGUGACCAAAUCCCAUAUGCCGACACGAUCGAAUGGCAAGGUGUUCAAAUUGCAGCUGGACCUAGAUCACCAGUCAAGAGCAAGAAGGAUGUCGAAAGGAUUUUUAGAGAUGCCUAUAAGAGCAUGCAGCACGUUAGCGAGGAUGAAAAGAGAAUGAUUCACAAGACUUUUGAAGAAAUUGAUCAAACUACACACGAAGAAGUACAGUACAACGCAACUCAACUACUCAAGCACCACGGAUAUGGAGUAGAGGAACAUAUCGUGAAAACUGAUGACGGCUAUCUACUCACCCUGUUUCGUGUUCAGCCCAAAGAAAGUAACGAAAUCCUAGGCGAGAAUAAACGCCCUGUCGUAUUACUCAUACACGGAAUCCUUGGAAGCGCAGAUGACUGGUUAUUAAUGGGUCCUAAAAAAUCUCUUGCCUAUAUACUUUCCGAUGCCGGUUACGAUGUAUGGCUUGGCAACACCCGUGGUAACAAAUAUGCCCGCCACCAUGCCAGCAAGCAUGAAUCUCAUCCCGAUUUCUGGCAGUUCAGCAUGGAUGAAAUCGCUCUGCACGAUUUACCCGCCAUGAUUGACUUCGCUCUUCAAACUUCAGAACAAGAGAAGCUGUAUUAUGUCGGUCAUUCCCAAGGAAAUACAAUAUUCUUCGCUUUAGCUGCUACACUACCCGAAUACAGAGAAAAGGUCGCUAUGAUGUACGCACUAUCUCCAAUGGUGUACAUGACCCACGUACGAAGUCCGCUUAUAAAAAUGAUGGCACCGAAUAGCCAAUUUUAUGAACGUCUUCACGAACAACUCGGUCACAGCGAAUUCAAACCGAGCAAGGAGGUCAUACAUACAGUCGGAGGGAACAUGUGUGAAAAGGAAAUCGACUGCAAGCACGUGUGUUCCAACAUCAACUUCGUAAUGUCUGGCGUCGAUACAGCUGAUAUGGACUUCGACCUGAUACCCAGCAUCGUUGCUCAUUUACCAGCUGGCACAUCAACAAGGGUGAUCAAACAACUUGGACAGGCCGUUGUGUCGCAUGAGUUCAGAAAGUACGACUACGGAUUCAAGAUCAACAAAAAGAUAUACGGUAUGCGCCAGCCAACGAAAUACGACAUGACUGAAGUGAAAGUUCCAGUAGCCCUUUACUACAGUGAAGAGGAUUGGUUGGCACACCCAAAGGAUGUUGAGAGAUUACACAAAGAGUUGCCUGAUGUGAAGGACUUCUACAAAGUACCCGAGAAGCAUUUCAACCACAUGGACUUCCAGUUCUCCAAAAAGGCUCCCGAGGUGGUCUACAAGCGACUUGUCGAAUCUAUGCAGAAUAACUAAUUUUAAUAUAUCAUGAUUAUUUAAUUCCUAGAAUAAUAAUUUAUGUUUUUGUAGCAUUCUUUUUGUAAGCACUAUUUUAUACUUCAUGGUUGCAUAAUCCGUCCAAAAAAUAAAAAAAAUAUAUU